AUGGCGAAUCCCUCGAAGAAGGGUGCCUCCAAGGCCGAGGGCAGCACGCUCACAAAUCACCCAAACAAGAAGCCCACCACCAAGGCCGCGGCCCCGAAGCCGACUGCCAAAGCGCCGACCACCAAGCCAGCAAAUGCGAAGGAGACAGCCAAGGCCUCGACCACUAAGAAGGCGACAACUGCGAAUGCGACGAAGGCGACUUCUGUGAAGCCGGCCACCAAGAAGGUACCCACCAAGAAGUCUGAGAAGAAAGAGGCUGCUGCAAAGGCCACCGCUGCUGCCACUAAAGCAACUCCUGCGCCCUCAACCCAGGCCACGAUGUCAGGCGAAAAGCCAAAGCCACACGCCAACACCUCCCGAAAGCGCAGGGCACCGAGCAUCGACGGCGAGGAUGAAGCCCCCGCCGCCACGAUAUCCAAGAAGCUCAAGGCCGACACUUCCAACUUGAAGCGCAAGGCCACUGUCGAUGCCGGCGAGAAACCCAAGAAGGCCGCAAAGAUUACCAGGAACGAUAUCGCCAAACCCAAAGAUUCCAAGCAGAAGACCACCGCCAAACCCCCUGCUGCAUCUGCCAAGAAGCCCACCAACAAGGCAGUUUCUCAGUCUGCGAAGGCCCCUGCCGCUGCUAAGUCGACUGGUCGCACUACGACGGCCUCUAAGGUCCGAAAGGCCCAAAAGGCACCUGCCGCGAAGUUGAAGACUAGAAUUCAAAUCAACUUUGCGCCAACCCAGCCUCUUGACAUCUUCAUCUUCGGCUCGGGCGAGUCUGGCGAGCUCGGCCUGGGCAACAGGAGGGUGGACGGAAAGAAGCCCGUCAACGUGAGGCGCCCCCGAAUCCACCCCUUCCUCUCUGCCGAAACCGUUGGCGUCGUACAGAUUGCCUGCGGCGGAAUGCACUCUGUCGCUCUCACCAAGGACAACAAGAUCCUUACUUGGGGCGUCAACGACCAAGGCGCUCUCGGACGCGAUACCACCUGGGACGGUGGUCUUCGUGAUGCGGAUGCGAAUGCCGAUGACAAUAGCGGAAAUGACUUCGAGGCCCUGAACCCUAUCGAGUGCACCCCGGCUGAGGUCAGCACCAAAAACAUUGUUGACGGUACCAAGUUUGUCAAGGUUGUCGCAAGUGACAGCGCUUCAUUUGCCUUGACCGUGGACGGUCGCGUCUACGGAUGGGGAACUUUUCGCUCAUCCGAUGGCAUUCUCGGCUUCACCAAGGAUGUUCUGGUUCAGUAUGAGCCUGCGCUGCUUGAGGACUGCAAGAAGAUCGUGGACAUCGCCGUUGGCAACAACCACGUGAUGACUCUUGACAACAAGGGCAAGGUUGAGACGUGGGGUGCUCCUGAGCAGAAUCAGCUUGGUCGCCGCGUCGUCCAGCGCGAUAUGAAGGCCUCUGCCCUGCGACCUGGCGGUCUUUCAUUCAAGCGCGGCAUCAAGAUUGCCAAGAUUGCUUGCGGCUCUUAUCACAGUUUCGCCAUCGACGACCUUGGCCGUCUCUAUUCGUGGGGCCUGAAUAACUUCGGAGAGCUUGGCCUUGACCAAAAUGCCGGCGAGGACGACGCUACCGUACUUGAGCCCACCCUCGUCGAGUCCCUCGCCGACUACUCCAUCGCCGAGGUCUCCGGCGGCGAGCACCACUCGAUUGCUUGCACCGACGACGGCCGGCUCCUGGCCUGGGGCCGCAUUGAUGGCAACCAGACAGGCCUGACGGCGGACAAGUUCAACGACGCCAACACCAUCUUCGACGAGCACGAGAAGCCCCGCAUCCUGUCAGCCCCCACCGUCCACGAGGGCUUCCCCGCCGUCGCCUCGGUCGCCUGCGGCACCGACAACAGCUUCGCCAUCACCCGAGAAGGCAAGGCUUACUCCUGGGGCUUCUCUGCCAACUACCAGACCGGUCAGGGCGAGCAGGACGACGAUGUCGAGGUCCCCACGCUGAUUGACAACUCUGCCGUCCACGACAGGAAGAUACUUUCUGCUGGCGCCGGAGGCCAAUUUUCGGUUCUUACUAGCAUUCACCAGAAUGCUUGA